AUGAACAGCUGGGAGAAAAAGAAAACACCGUUCACGCCAUGCUCCUCCUCCUCCUUCCGCGCUCGCUGCAGGGUGGUGCUGGCGCCGAUGACGAGGUCGAGGUCGCCCGGCAACCUCCCGGGCCCGCACGCCGCCGCGCACUACUCGCAGCGGGCGCAGGGGAUGACGGCGAUCCCGCACACCCCGGGGAUCUGGGCGCCGGAGCAGGUCAGGGCGUGGAGGCCCGUCGUCGACGCCGUGCGCGCCAGCGGCGCCGUCUUCUUCUGCCAGCUCUGGCACGUCAGCAGGGCCUCCGACAUGGCGACCCGUCUCAAGCCGAUAGAGAAGAGCGCCGAGAACUACUUCCUGGAGUUCUCAACCCCCAGACGCUUGGCAGCGGAAGAGAUCCCUGAACUUAUCAACCAUUUCAGAGUUGCCGCCCGGAACGCCAUGGAUGCUGAUAAGACCAUUCGCCUGGUCGGCUUCGCAAAAAUGGAGAGUUUCUCGGAGAGCAACCAGAGGAGGGCUAUACAGGAUGGGGAGAUUUUGAUUCCAGAGGAGGUUUCUCAGUUUCAGAGGCAGCUAACGGGUGCAUGUGUGUGA